UGUCGAUGAUUCUUAGCCGGAUGUAAGUAUGGCGGCAAGAGAGUGUUGACUAAUUUUGGAUAUUCAAAACAUUCAAAAUCACGUUUAUCGGGUGACACAACCUGCAAGUGGAUAAUAUAUCCAAAGUGAGGUCAAAAUGUAGCUGAAAUCUUCAACUAAUACAUAAAUGAGCUAUUAAUCCUUAUGAAAGAAAAAUAAGUUGCAUUCGACAGUAUGGCGUCUAGUGAAGAAUCUACUGGUGAAGAUGAAAAUAAAAGUCAUUUAGACGAGAAUGCUGCUUUUUCCACAAAGACCAAUGUAGUAAAUACAGGCCUGGACUCUGUUCUGAAGUCGCAUGAACUCACUGAUAACCAGAGUGCUCAUGUUAAUGGAUUAUUCAAUGGAAAGAGUCAUUUCGUUAAGGAAAUGCCUGAUUCAGGUGUGAAUAAUAGUGAAGAUUCAAUUAAGAUUGAAGGAAAGAAUGAAAUGGAGGAUUACAAAGCUGGGUUGGAUUUUGUUGUAUCGGCUAAAGAUUCUCUUGAGAAAGAGCAUGUUGAAAUGGAAUGGGAUACAGCUCCAAAACCUAUGACAGAUCUGCUGGAAAAUGGGAGGACGUGUUUUCAACAAGAUUUCACUAAAAUUGAAUUGAAUUGCAUUAUUAAACAAGAAUGUGAUAAGGAAAACUUUAAUGAGUGCGACUCGGUAUGCUUGGAAAAAAAUAACUUCAAAGUGAACGUUGAUAACAACAGUGAUUCAAUUAGUGAUUUGGUGAGUGUGAGUUCCACAACUCCUGAUAAUUUGAAUUUGUCUUUAAAAAAUGGCUGUGAUGAUUUCUGCAAUAACGGUACUGUACGACAGAUAUCUGAUUUGGAUCUAUCUAACAGUACAAGAGACCAAGGCCUUUGUGUUGACAAAGAAAAAAAAGAAUCUUUAUUUGUUGGUAAUAUAACUAAACCAAAGAAGAAAAUUUGUUCUCAACUGAUUGAGAAACUAGAUUAUAAAUUAUUGGAAGGGAAAAAAGGCAUUGAUCUCUUAACUGCAAUAGAGGAGCAGACAAAUGCAAAUUUAAAAAAGCACGACUUGAGGGUAUCCAGUUCCGAGUCAGGAACAAGUAUUGAAAUUGAACCAAGUCCAAGAAAAGCUAGAACAAGAUCUGUAGAUAGUAUGGAAAAACCAAAACGAGGCCUUAAAAGAGCCUUAUCUGCAGAUAAUAAUGAUAAUCCUUCUAAAUUACCCAAAAUAGAUUUCAGAAAUUUACAAGCAUGUAAAGAAUCACUGAAACAAGAGAAAAGUAAGGAAGAGAAAUAUAAGCACAGUCACAAUAGGCAUGAUGAUAAAAAGAAGAGUCAUUCUUCCAGCAGGAGGCAUCAUAGAUCAUCAGAUAGAAAACCACGUUUGUUAACAGAUGGAAACUACAGUUACCCUCCUAGCGAUUCUUCAUUGAAGUAUCGAAAAUAUUAUCAUAUAGAGACACACUCAAAUGGUGGUGCCAAAAUACUGAGAAUGUAUAAUGAUGAGAUUAAACAUCUCAAUUCAUCUGAAAUGAAAAAUUUAGCUUAUGAAUUUUUUAAACUUGCCUUCGAAGAGGAUUCAAAGGGCCAUGCUAAAUUUGUUAUUGCAAUAGUGCAUGGGUCUGCUAAGUAUCUUCCAGAUAUUUUACAAUAUAUGGCUGAUCGUUAUCCAAAUUUGACAGUUCAUAAUGGUUUACUCAGUAAGAGUUCCGACAUUGAAACAACAACACUUUCUGUCUACAACGAAAAUGUUAAGAAAACUUAUGAUAAAGGUACUUAUAGGUAUGGACCUCUUCAUCAGAUUAGCAUUGUUGGUACUGCUCAUGAAGAAGUUGGCGGCUAUUUUCCUGAUAUUUUAGAGAAAUUGGAGGAAAACCCCUUUCUUCGUUUAGUUAUGCCAUGGGGAAAUCUUUCAAGUUGUAAUAAAAUGUUACCAUCAGAAUCCAAUGAUGGCCCAAUAGUUUGGUGUCGGCCUGGUGAACAGCUUGUUCCUACAGUUGAUACAAAAACCCCCGUGAAAAGAAAGAGGACUGGCAUAAAUGAAUUACGAAAUCUACAGUAUUUACCAAGAAUGUCAGAAGCAAGGGAACAUCUAUUUGAAGAUAGAACUAAAGCUCAUGCAGAUCAUGUUGAUGCUGGUUUAGACAGGAAAACAACUGCUGCAGUGGGGAUUCUCAAAGCAAUUCAUGGUGGAAAAAACGAGGGAUCAAUAAAUAGAAUAACUAAGGAUGUCAUUGCUUUUUCUGCCAAGGAUUUCGAUAUUCUAUCAGAAAAAUUGCAGCUAGAUCUUCAUGAACCUCCAAUUUCACAGUGUGUUACAUGGAUAGAAGAUGCCAAAUUGAACCAGUUACGCAGAGAGAAUAUAGAAUAUGCUAGAAUAAAUUUAUAUGAUAAUGAUAUAUAUUUUUUACCCAGAAAUAUAAUUCACCAAUUUAGAACAGUGUCUGCUGUGACAAGUAUAGCUUGGCAUGUGAGGCUUAAGCAAUAUUCACCUCACAUUCACAAGGAUCAAGUGGGAACAUUUGAAAAAUCAAGCCAUGCCCAUAAACACGAAAAAUCAAAACAUAAAAAGUCCUCUGAAUCUGAGAAAAUAAAGCAAAAGCUUGAUUUCACUACUUGUAUAUCAUCACAGAAAGAUAUUAUCAAGGACAAAAAUAAGGACAAAAGAGACAGAGACAAAGAGAAAUCUAAAAACCGGCAUGAUAAUUCUUCACACAAAACUAAUAAUAAAGAUAAAAAUCACAAAUCAUCACAUUCUUCUAAUAAGCAUAAGGAUCAUGAUAAAUAUAGGGAUAAAUCGAAGAGUCACCAUCUUAAGCAUAGAUAUGAUAAACAUACUAAGGAACAGGAUAAAAAAGCAAAAACUCAUUCAGCACAUAGUAACAGUAAUGGCAAACAAAAUGAAGAAUACAGGAAGUCUUCAGAAGGUUGUAAAAUUCCUGAAUCUCCCAAAAACCCUAUUUCUCCUACAAAGCAUGUUUUGAAUCCAUUGUCAAAUUCAAACAAAUUGAGUCCAGCAAAAGUAAGUUCCACCACCUUCAGUAUUGAAAAAACCGAUGGUUGUUCGGAAGAUAAAAGUGACACUUCUGUGAUACAUACACCUGUAAAAAGGCAACAAAUCGGCACUAAUCUCGUUUCGCCUUUCAAAUUCAAAACGGAAAAGAAGUUAAACAGAAUAAUCCAGCCUGGUUUGCCUCAAUCGUCAGAUGUCCUAGGGGAUAUUUUGAAACACAUGAAGAAGUGUGAUCCCCACAUAUAACAGUCGCUUUUUUGAACUGGAUCCCCGUUCAGAAUAUCCCCAAUCAAAUCAAAAAUUUUAUAUGUACAUACUUAAUUUAUUUCCAAGAUCGCAACUUGAAGCUUAUUUUACAUUUUUGAGAUAAUCAGUUUGGAUAUGUCGGGUGUUGAAAAAAGGAGGACGAACCCUUAACUUAGAAAUAUCCUUUAGCUUUCAGAUCUUCAUCUAAGAUCCUAUGCUAGAUAAAAGCAUUUUCAGGUAGAGUUACCUGCUAUUGAAUUUCGAACAAGUUACAAUGACCUGACAAUUUUUUUUCAUUGCCUGUUAUAGUUGUAUGUAAUGUAGCUUAUUACACCAAAAAUAUUCUUAUAUACUCCUAGGAAUCAUGCCUUAUAUUGGAAAUGUUUCUUGACCUCCACCACCAAAUUGUGAUAUAGUCAAUUUGAUGAGUAUUAAUUUGAUAAAGAUUAUUAACUGAUGAAAUUCCAUUUGUACCAAAUCUUCCUUGUGAUUGGAACAUUUCAUGUUUAUCAAUAAUUACUUCAAUUUUGUGUGAGGUGGAGGGGAAAAAGGCCACCAAUAGAACUACAUACAUAAAAAAAUAACUUCUGAAUAUACAAAUGCACCUAUUCUUUACAUUCUUAGGUAAAAUCAAAAGUCUUUAAUGUAACGAUGAUUUACUAACUGGUUGGAGUGAAAUGUAUCACAUUUCGAAUUGAAGAUAGUUGCUGAAAUUCAGGCAUGUGUCAGUUGUCUUUUGUCUAGUAGUCCCUUUCUUUUGAAUCAAUGCAUCAUCACACUCCUUCAGUCAUAUUUAUGAUAAUCCUAUUUAUUUAUAGAGAAUAGUUUUUCCUGCAUCUCUAUUCCGAUCAUUUCAGUGUUGGAACUAAGUUUUCCAUUUGUUACUUAUAAAUUUCUUCAAAUAUGAUUCAAUUCAGAGUACCUUUCGGUACAAUUCUGUUUCGACACCAAUAGCUGAAAGUUAUCCACUGAUUUAGUGGUCCUGAGUGUAAUUUUUGAUUUUAUAUUUAUGUAUAUAAUAUUUAUUCCUUGGCUUUUCAUAAAGAAAUUUCUUAUUACUUCAAAUCACUAUUUAAUUCCCAUUCUAUAAAAUACAUCAUAAAUAGCAGAUAUUUUCAAGGCCUAAUUGAUGGUACAGCCAGACAACAUCAAACAUUUUAAUGACUAGAUAAAAGUAUAAGACAUUCUUUUGGGAUCAACUUCAUUGCGACUUUCUUUUGAAUGGUUAUUGUUUAAUUUACACUUUGGUGAUCGAAAUGCUUUGGAUUCAAUCAAUUUUUAACUCUUGAACAUUCUUUGGCAGGUUUAGCUCAAUAGAACAGCUUUACCUGGAUCGAAUUUGAUUUUUUUUUCAACAGAUUCCUCUAUUCAUCAGUUGCUUUGAAUGUGAUUUCUAAUGUUUUUCAUUUUUUCUUUUCCAGGUUAUAAAUAAUUGAUAUGAAUAGCUUGAACUUUCAUAAAGAUGUGGCUACAAUAAUUUCAAGCUUUUUUAUUUAUCUUUUUACUAUUGAAAAAUUUAAAUGUUUUUUGUAUAUGUAUGUUAUAUAUUUUGAUAUAUUUUGUUUUUUUUUUUAAACUGGAUUAAUAAGAAGUUCUUUUUGACAUUUACCAGUGUGAUAACAUUCUACUAUAUUUUUAUCACUACCAUUAUCAUACCCAGUGAGUAUUAGGAAAUUUUUUUGUAUUCCUAAGAUCACCACUAUUUUUUUGUAUAUAUGUGAAAUUCAUUUAAAUUACACAAUUCCGGUUGAAAUUCGUGAUUAUUCUGAUUGACUUUAUAAAAUUCGUAAACGCCAUAUAGAUUCUUGGUUGAUUGAAAAUUGUAAAUAUUGUAUAUAAUGAAGUGUAAAAAUUUUGAAUACAUAAUAAUUUGGAAUAUCUCUAAACAACUAAAAUACACCUAGGUUCAAUGGCUCCUUCUAAAUAAUUCAUCAAUUUAAAUGUGAAAUGAAAUUGUUAUUUUUUUAAUAUUUGUAGAGAUAUUAAAAUGAAAAGUGAUAUUUGUAAUGAAUUAGUAUUUCAUGAACUCUGACGUCACAAAACUAAAGGUGCUAUUUGUGGGUCAAAUGUGAGUUUCCAUUUUAUAAGAUUCCAUUACUUGAAUAUGUUCAUUAGGAUUCUGUGAAGUUGUUUCGAGAGAAAAAUAUAGUAUUAUUUCACAGUUU